CGCUCAAAUGUCACUAUCAGCACCUGCCUCCUCCGGUAUUGGGGAACUAUAUCCGCUCCCAGCACCAUGACAGGACUGCCACCUCCCCAGUUUAUGGGAUCCAAGCAUUUAUUUACUUUUCUUCCUGACUUUUCGAGUCCUAGGCAUCGCCAACAACAUGGAUAUGAUCAGAGACUUUGUAACUGUCAUGGUGGCGCUGACCUACGUUUUCGUAGGUAUCCAUAUAUUGUGACUGGAACGAGGGCAGCGCAGGUUGCGUGGAAGAGAUGGGAGAAACGGCAGACAAAGAUCUUGCCACGAGUAUGGGACUCGGUGUUGGCGUUCGUCUACGCGAUGGCCCGGCUCGAAACCAUCUAGCAUGGGGUAGAACUCGAGGCCUAGAGGCAUAUUAUAGGCUAGUGGUUACUGCUGUAUAUAUUGUUCAUACGGAGUCUCGGGAUGUGUUCGACGUUGAACGCCGCCCCCAGAAGUUGCGCGGUGUCUCUUAUCGUUUCUCUGAUGGUGCUGAGCCGGUCCGUGGGAAAUCAACGCUGGAGAAGUAUAUACUUCCAUGGGGAACGAACCUCGCGUCGCCACAGGCUUGGGACGAGCUCAAAGCACAGAUACAAGCGGGGGACGAAGAUAAUCUUUACUGUGACGACCGUUCUGACCGUGGCACAAUGCAGCAAACCAAAUAUAUCGUCCUGACUACACUGGAAUCCUUGACUUCCCAAUGCACAAUGUUGCCGGGCGCAUCCCGGACUGGGACGAGCGUCGCAGUAAGAUCUGGCACGUUUAUGAAAGAGGCCGGCUUCAAAAUUAUGCCCACGGAGGAGCAGGGGACCCCGUUCUACCGCUUCACAAAUUACAUCCUGUCUGCCAUUAUCGAGGCUGGCAAAUCCCAUGAUGCCAUAGCGGUUAUAUGUUGUCAGAAUGUCAGAUCACGGAAGCAAGAAUGGGAGAAAAGCAUUUGAUACGGAAAUAGGAUCUUGGGACUUUGUGCAUCGACGUCCGAAAUCUGAACACAGAAUGGAAAGAUGAGGACAAGAACAUUUGGCAGGGACGGCUUCGUCGACCUUUCCCCCGUUCCAGGAUGACGCAAUUCAACCAAGACUCGAAGACGC